CCUCAGGAUCGUUCCGCCAAACAUUUCGCUGCGUUAGCUUCAUGUGCUGGGAAGUAACGGCAUCGCAUACGAGAUCGCUUCGCUUCGCUUGACCUUCUACGCAUUCUUCCUGUCUCCAGUCCAUAUCAGCUCGUUUCCAGCUUUCUUUUGGCUCUCAAACUUUCACGAUCUGAUACCCUGCGAACCACCUCAAAGUACCCAUAAUGUCCAUGUACACGCACGAGACCCAGUCUUCAUCCUCUUCUCUUAGCUCUACUACUCAGCACGCUCAUCAGCAUUCUCCAAGGCGCUCAUCCCCGCUCUCGCAGACGUUGACUACCGACCACGAUACCUCUACGAACAACCCACCUGUUAGCCCUGGCUCUUCCAUCACCAGCGACAGCGGAUCGUCUCGUUAUCAUUGCGCCUCUUCUGAUUCGUUUGUAUCUUCCAACGAUAGUUCCUCUCUCCAGAGCCUCUCUCGUGAAGUCUCUUCGUCAGAUGUAUCUCAUCAGCGUUGUCAGCUAUCUUCAGCCAGCGAAGGAUUCAACGUCGCCCGUCCCAUCGCCUCUAUGCUGUCCGCGAGUGCUCCACAAUUCCAGAGCCGUAUUCUCGACGCGCCCAUUGACAUCCACAAGCUCGCCCCAGCGGUUAGCGUCCCAGUCAAAGUGGCCGUCCACGCAAUCACCCCUCAUGUGACCGAACAAGCUGUUGGUACUCCAUCCCUUCCUACUUCUGGACAAGGCGCUGGCGCUCUUCCUGCUUCCCAGACAUCGGCUUCAGACUCACGAAUGGCUCCCAUGAACACACCUCAGUCGGCAGAUGGCUGCAAGGAGACAUCCCCCGUCAAGUCUCAGCCGAUGGAUGCGCAGACUCAGUCGUCUGAGUUCCGCACUCCGAACGUCUAUAUCAAUGGACUGCCUCCGAAUUUCCCCGAAGAGGACUUGUUUAAGAUGACACAUGAGUUUGGACAAGUCCUUAGCGUGCGGACAUUCACCCGGCACGUUUGUGACAAGCCUUCUGGGUACGGGUUCGUCUUGUUUGAUACUAUUGAAGCCGCGGAAAAGUGCGUCGAAUCUCUGCGCAAAUAUAGAAAUCUCCACCCGUCAUUCUCGAAGCAAAUUCACAAGAUUCCUGGCACAAUAUACUCAUCUUCUUCGUUCACCCCUGGAGGGCCAAAUUCCGAUAUUCAUCGCCUUCCUGCAGAUUCAUUCAAAGCACGUAUGGAGCAGCUGAAAGAUACCACGUCGACGAACUUGUACAUGGAGGGCUUGCCUUUAAGUAUCGACGACCAGACGCUCGCUGCACUCGUACGCCCGUAUCGCAUCAUGAGCAGCCGCUUCUUCCAGACAAGGCUGAGCAAUCCGCCGAGAAUGAUUGCAUUCGUGAGGUUGGAGACUCGUGAAGCCGCGGAAGAGGUCGUCGAACGCUUGCACGGUCGUCUUGUCCGUGGGUGGGAAAAGGACUCUGGUUGCAGGAUUUCUGUUCGGUUCGCCGAUACAACCGAGCAGAGAGAACUCAGGCGUUUGGAGCGGAUGAAUAGAGACGGUGAUAAUUCUCCUGGUCGCAUCACGAUGGCACAAGCUGCUCUCCUCAACCUCAACGGCACACAGCUCAACCCAAGACUUACUUCUUCUCCUCUUAUGCGGGCAGAUCUUGGGUAUCUACAGAACGGCGUCAAUGCAAACUCUCCCCUUCUAUCCGGGAGGUUGGCCAGUAAUUUACCCCUUUCUUCAGUAUCGUCGACGCUACCGCUUGCACAACAGCCCUUUUUGCAGUCGUUGGAUCCGAUGCGAGGCAUGUCGCUGCUCGCAGGUGGGGAGAUGUGUGAUGGUCUCAUCUCGGAUGCGUCGCGUUUGAUGCGGCCAGGCAUUAUACUGCCUCAUCCGUCGCUACUUCAAGACGACUCAUCAUCUUUGCAAAAUGCGCAGCUGCAGUCCUCUAUGGGAACCGGCGUGGGUGGAUUGGCAGCUCGCGCGGACAAUGGGUUCACGCCGAUGGAGAGGAUGCUCCUUCAGGCCCAUGUCCAGAGGCAGCAAGUAUGGAACCUGCUAGAGAACCAAAUGGAAAACCAGUACGGCGCGUCGUUGCUCGACCAGGCUCGUGGCGUGAUGGACUCGCCCGUCUCUGGUAAAAGUACGCUGGGCCGGGAGCCAACCCGUCGUCUACUGGAUGUCCUUCCCCCCAUGUCGGAGGACGAUUUCCAUGCGCAAGGGCCAUUGCAACAACAGCAAUCUCUCGUGGAUCUCGGAGAUGCAAACAAUCUACUUCGCCUCGGCGCAGAAAACCGCUCUUCUUUUCCCCUGGGAUCCGGUUCUCACAGCGCUCUCGUCCAUCAACAGCACCAAAGAAACAGAACGCACGCAUCUCACGCCCGUGUAGAGGUCGAAGGCGACAACAACGCACAAGCCUUACACAUGCGAUCCACGACAUUCCCCUCGCAGUACCUCAGCAACCGUUCUUCGCAGAGUCUCUUAACUACUUUUACAUCACAGGAUCGCGCCGUAAACUCGAGCACUUCCAACAACAAAACCAACCAUAUCCACAGUAUGAGCAGCACAAUUAUCGGCAGCGCCAGUCAUUACGACAAUCGCAGCAGCAGUACGAACUACCUGGUAAAUAGCAAGCACAAUUCUCUAGACAGAACCUCUCUCCGUUCCGCCGAUCCGGACGACAGCAAUGCUCCCUUCGUUCGCGAGGGCCGACAACCCACGGCUGCCACGAUGUUCAGCGAGCAGGACAAUACUGGGAAACACGACAGUCGCACUGCGUCCAUUCGUACCAACCGCCUCCCUCCGCGGCCUGCCUCGAACGACGAAGAUCACUCUCCGCUUGUUUCACCUGCGCUCACUCAUUCUGGACGCACACCUGUUUCGCUCAGCCCCGCGACGCCGUUCUUUAACUCGGACCGAACGUUCGAGGGACCUGCGAUGAUCGCUGCAGAAGGGAUUAGGGAGGUCCGCUUGGAUAUUGGCGAGCAGCAGAAGAAGAGUGUGGGCGGGCAUUGAAUCGCCCACCGGCAUUAGCUGAUUAUACACUGUUCUAUGUACUCUACACUGUAUUGAAAGCCUGUGAUAUGAAUGAGAUCGUCGCAAUAACAUGUUCCCUGCCGUUGCGACAGU